AUGCUUCAUUGUUGCUCGCUCGAAGGUGAAAAGUCAAGAGGUGGCCUAGUAACUUCAGAUUCUUAUAAGGGCUGGAAAUCAGUCUCUUACUUGGAACUCGUUGAGUCAACUAACGGCUUCUCUGUGGACAAUUUGAUUGGUUCCGGAAGUUUUGGUUCUGUUUACAAAGGAGUACUUCCUAGUGAUGGGAGGGCAGUUGCUGUUAAGGUAUUAAAUCUUCAACAACGAGGAGCUUUCAGGAGUUUCAUUGAUGAAUGCAAAGCUUUAAGAAGUAUACGGCACCGUAAUCUUCUCAAGAUCAUUACUGCAUGCUCGAGCAUUGAUAAUCAGGGUAAUGACUUCAAGAGUCUAGUAUUCGAGUUCAUGGCAAAUGGAAGUCUAGACUCAUGGCUGCAUCCUAGAGAUGAUGAGCAACCUCAACAAAGUAAGAGAUUGAGCCUUAUCCAAAGACUCAAUAUUGCGACUGACAUUGCUUCUGCAUUAGAUUAUCUCCACCACUGUUGUGAAACAACCAUUGUUCAUUGUGAUCUAAAGCCAAGCAAUGUUCUUCUUGGUGAAGAUAUGGUAGCCCAUGUUGGUGACUUUGGUUUAGCAAGGUUCCUCUUGGAAGCAUCAGAUAAUUACUCCCAAAGUCAAACCAUGUCAGCUGGGCUAAGGGGUUCGAUAGGCUACAUUCCUCCAGAGUACGGCAUGGGAGGCCAAGUUUCCAUUCUGGGAGAUAUUUAUAGCUUUGGAAUACUGUUGCUAGAAAUCAAUCAAAUGCCUGACCAUGUCAUGGACAUAAUUGACCCUUCAUUGCUCAUUGAAAGAAAUGAUGCACAUGGUGAUGGAGAAAGAUACGAAAGUGAAAUACGAACAAGACGAACCACAAGCUAUCAGCAUGGCAGCCCUAUCCAAGCAACAAGAUUGGAGGAAUGUUUGGUUUCAGUGAUGCAGAUAGGACUCUCAUGCUCUGCAAUAUCACCAACUGAGCGGGGGCAAGUGGAUGUUGUUGUCAACAAACUGAAGGCAGCUAGAGACUCCUAUCUCAAUUUGAGAAUAAGAAGAGAAGAAUGA